AUGUAUCUUACUGAUGACGGAAACUGGAAGUUGAAGAAUCAUGGCAAUGAGGAUGAGGACGAAAGUGACGAUGGCAAUGCUGGUAACUCACACACCUCAAGCUCAAAUGGUAAAAAGCGCAAGAAGGUGAAAUUCUCCAUCAAGUCCGAAGUCCCUCAAAAGAAGAUGAAAGCUGAUUCCAAGUCUGCUGAUAUUCUACCACAGUUAUCAACUACAUCAUCAACUCCAAGUACUCAGUCUCUGGUAGUUUCGCCUCUACCUUCUGAUUCCUCUCCAACACCGCAACCAGGGCCGAUACCAGACUCUCCAACACCCUUUCCGACGAUGGCACCGACCUCUCUGGCACCAGACCUUCCGGCACCAGAGUCUCUGACACCAGACCCUCUGAUACCCUCUCCAAUGGCACUGACCUCCCCGACACCAUCUGUGAUGGCACCAACCUCUCCAAUGCCAGACCCUCCAACGCUCCCUCCAAUGGCACUGGCCUCCUCGACUCCAUCUGUGAUGAUGGCACCAACCUCUCCGAUGCUGGUGGACCCUCUGACACUCCCUCUGAUGGCACUGGCCUCCCCGACACCAUCUGUGAUGGCACCAACCUCUUCGAUGCUGGUAGACCCUCCGAUGCUCCCUCCAAUGGCACUGGCCUCCCUGAGACUAGAGUCUCUAACGAUAGCAUCUCCGGCAUCAGCUCCACCACCCAAACUUCUGCCAACUACUCCUGCACUGCUUUCUCCUGUGUUAGGCCUGGACUCGCAUAGUAAAGAAAAUAUCCCUUCGAAGCUUCUUAGGCUCACUGCACUGACACAUGUCAAUGUUGUAGUUGCAAAUCCACUGGCAGCACUUGCUCUCGCAGCAUCAAAAGUUCAGUUGCCACCUCUUCUGCUUGGACCCACUCCUCUCCCACCCCCUCCCGCACCUAAUGGUACUGAUUCUGCAUCGACCACUCAAAAUCACACUGGUCUCCCCACUGUCGAUGAUGUUAGGACUUCGAAGGCUGCAACAGGAUCUACCAAAAGCAGCACCAAGGGUAAGAUGCGUCCAAGCAGUACUAAAAAUGGACGCAACUUGUGUGCCCAACGAUGGCUCAAGACAUUGAAGACAAACGGAACGACCGAGGAGUUUUGUGCUUACUAUGGAGAUCUCACGCCAGCUCAGCGAAAGGUGUAUGAUGACGAGUCAGCAUCACUGGUUGCCAAUAAGUCCUGGAACAAGACCGCUUACGAUGGAACGAUGUACUAG